GAAAACUGCCGCGCGCGGCCCAAAUCUGUGCCGCUGUGACACCAUCUCCUGCGCAGAGCUUCGUUUCCAGCUCUCCUUUGCUGCGCUGAGAGGCACUCGAUCGCUGGCGUCGCUCCGCCGCCGCUGUGGUGCUCUACAGAGAGCAGCACUCAAACGCCAUCGACGCGCACGAUGGACGCCCACGCCUCCACACCAUUAGAACAUGUAGCGCUGCGGCCGAAGGACCACGCGUUGUUAGGCAGGGGCGGCUUUAGAAGAGUAGGCGAUUUGGUGGGAGUCGACGUAAACACAGCCGCAUCAAGCAUGAGGAUAGGCCCGGACAAGGCCCAAGCUUUACUCGAAGAAGUCGAAGAGAAAGCCAAACCACCGCCCUGGCAUUCAGCAAGAGAACUCGAAGCCCAGGAGCACCAGCGCGUGCCGGUCGUGUCGUUCUGCCGAGGCAUCGAUGAGCUCCUGGAGGGCGGCGCCAAACCAGGAAAGGUCCUGGAGGUCUGCGGCGGGCCCGGCGCCGGGAAGACGCAAUUAUUACUACAGCUGUGUGUGGACGCGACGAUUCCCCAUCAGUUCUGCGGUGCUGGAGGUUCGAGCGUUUUUAUAGAUGCGGACGGCUCCUUCGCACCGUCGCGGUGCGCCCAGCUCGCCAAGGAGGUGGCGAAGCACGUCCACCGGCUCGCUCGCAAAAAACCGGAACACCAAGCAGCAGCGGCUUCAUAUUCGGAGGACGCGUGCCUGGACGCCAUCCACGUCUACCGGGCUUUGGAUCACGGCGGUGUCGUGCGUGCGCUCGCGCAGGCGUCGACAAUUCCCGAUCUCAAGCUCCUUGUUGUUGACAGCGUCGCGGCGCACCUGCGGACCUUCGAGGGUGACCCCGGCGAGCGCAUUCGGAUCAUCGCGAAGCUCGCUUUGGACUUGUCGAGGGUGGCUCGGCGUGGCGUGGCUGUGGUGGUCUCGAACCAACUCGCCUCGAACCUGACCUCGGAUAAGCCAGGCCCGGCCUUAGGCGAGGCCUGGUCCCACGCCUGCGACGAGCGGCUGAUGCUGCAGCGCGAUGCGUCCGGGAAGCGGUCGGCGACGCUGGCGAAGAGUUCAGUGAGGGCGGUCGGUUCUGCACCGUUCGUGGUGGAUGAGCGCGGCGUGCGCGACGCGGCGCGGAAGCGGCGGGGGACGGGUAGUUCUGGGACGGCGGCGUCGGCGUGAGGUGUGUCGUGUGUAAGGUGAGUGUGUCG